GGUAAGACAAAGGAGAGCGCUCAAUUGUCGUAACAGGCGGAGCGAAACGCUCUUCUCGCAUAAUAAAAGCGAGAAAAUAACCACUCCUCAUUUCCCCUUUCACUUGCCUGAAGGAUCAUGCUUUUACUUUAACCCAACACCUAUCCUUUUAUACCCAAACAAUAGCUUCCCCAACUUCACUACUUACCGAUGUGGGACUUUCCUCUUCUUCACUUAAAUCAAAAACCCUAAUUUCAAAAUCUCAAGACUACUACGAUGACUACUACUGCCACGACGACGACCAUCUCUCAGCAUGAUUUCUACGGUGAUGAUGAUGGAGAUUCCGAAACUUCCAUCUCUGUAUCUGUUAUCGAGAAUAUGAAGGAAGAGUACGGUUUGUUCGUUUGGCCUUGUAGCGUCAUCCUCGCCGAGUAUGUCUGGCAACAGCGAUCUCGAUUUCGUGGCUCUACCAUUCUCGAGCUAGGAGCUGGCACUUCCUUGCCUGGUUUAGUAGCUGCUAAGGUUGGAGCUAACGUCACCCUUACCGAUGACUCAAGCAAAGCAGAGGUUUUGGAGAAUAUGACAAGAGUUUGUGAGCUUAACAAUCUCAACUGUAAUGUAAUGGGUCUCACUUGGGGAGUGUGGGAUGCAACCAUAUUUGAUCUGCGGCCUAACAUUAUACUUGGAGCUGAUGUUUUAUAUGAUUCAAGUGCGUUCGAUGAUCUCUUUGCCACCGUCUCUUUCCUGCUUCAGAAUUCUCGAGAUGCAGUUUUUAUCACUACGUAUCACAACAGGAGUGGGCAUCAUCUGAUCGAGUUCCUCAUGGUGAAAUGGGGUCUGAAUUGCGUUAAACUUGUGGAUGGCUUCUCAUUUUUGCCAUCUCGAAAGGCAUCUUUACUAAGCGGCAACAUUCAGCUUGUUGAGAUCGUAUUGAGUUGUGGAAAAUCAGCAGCCUAAUAAGACUGUAAAAUAAGAGGCCAAAGGUCAAAGGAAAAUAUCAAACUAAUGGUUGAGCUUGUCUCAUUUGGCUGAGAAUGAAGGAGGAUCGAUUUGGUAAGAAACAAAGGGAAAAUGAUUGUAAGUAUGUCAAAGCAGGAUAAAAGAUCACAGAUAAGAUUGAAUUGGAGCCUAACAAAUACAUCUUCACGACCAGUUUGCAACAAUUGUCUUUUUCUUUGCUCAAAUCCAUUUGUUCUUAAAGACCACGAGCACACCAACGCAUUUUUUCGUUCAUAUUAUUGUUUCAAAAUUGUUUAAAUUAAGAGCUCCCAUUGGUGAAAAUAGGAGAUCGUUUGCAAAAUACAAGUCUGUGAUUCUUGUUUUCUCACAAUUUUUGUUAUAACCAACUUCCACAUUC